CACUCUCAUCUAACUCACCCGCCACUGCAACGAUUCCUAAAACAAGCCAGAACCUGAACCUGGACCCUAGAGAACAACUGCAGCACACCAACGCAACGCCAACGCAUCCUUGCCUCGCAUUUACCGCUUUGCGCUUCUGAUUGACUCCCUACCGCCUACCGCCCUGCCGCUGCUGCACCGCCGGUCGAAAGAUCCGUCCAAUCAUCCCACCCAUCCACAUCACUAUCGCAUACAGACGCCCGCCAUGGGUAACGACGGCGGCUCCAUCCCCAAGCGCCAUGAACUCGUCAAGAACGCUGCCCGUGCGAAAACCGUCUCCGAACUCAAAGCCACCGCCCUCGAGUCCUUAGGCCAUGCCUGGACGCACUGCGCCCUCAGCGGCGACCCCAUCGACCUCGACACCCUCGUCUCCGACUGGCGUGGUCGACUGUACAACUACGAGGCCAUCCUCAACGGCCUGAUGCCCUCUGAUGAGCCGGCCGAGGUCACGCCAUCGAGCCUGGGAAUCAAGUCACUGCGCGAUGUCGCAAAGCUCAAGGUCUCUAAGGAGGGAAAGAACUUGGUCUGCCCCAUCUCCAUGAAGGAGUUGGGUCCUUCAACCAAGGCGGUGUACUUGGUUCCUUGUGGACAUGUCUUUGCCGAGGUGGCCAUGAAGGAAAUCCAGGACAAGGCCUGCCCAGAGUGCGCUACAGAAUACACCCAGGACAACGUUAUCCCUCUGCUUCCAACAACCGAAGCCGACAUUGGUCGACUAGAGACCCGUAUGGAAGGUCUGAGGAGCCAGGGUCUCACCCACACCCUCAAGAAGGACAAGUCGGAGAAGAAGAAGAAGCGCAAAGGCGAUGAUGUCAAGGAGGAGGAGAACAAAGCCAAGAAUGACUCUGCCAAUACCGAGAGCAAACGUAGCAAAAAGCCCGAGGACUCGAGGAUCAGCGGUAUCAACAAUUCGUUUGCGGCGUCGUUGACGGCUAAAGUUCUAGCCGAACAAGACGAGAGGAACAAGCGGAGGAAAUUGGCCGCUGCAGAAUCCGCUCCACAGAGGAGAGAGGUUGCAAGGGGCUGAUUGUCAGAUAUUUAGAUGUACGAUUAAUUGAUACCCACGAUGCUGAUUUUUCACCUGGACAUUGAGCCACAUCAUCUCCA